ACACCACCACGGGGAGGGUGGAAACUUGCGCACGCACCGCACUGAGAGCUUCUCCUGUUUUGGGUGUCGAAUCGGUGGAGUCGGGUCGUGAGUAGAGUCGAGUCUCCUGUUUUUAUCCUGUGAACUAGUGAACGUGCCUCUACGGCAUAUCAACAUCGUAUGCAUAAUCUAGAGGGUGUGACCGACCAAAUUGAACGACACAAAAUUUUCAUACUUUGCCCAGUCUUCGGAAUGUGAAGGUCCUGCUCGUGUUUCCUUUCAUUAAAACUCAACCGAAAACAACAAAAAAAAGAGCCACAGAAACGUUUUUAGUUAAACAAUAAGACAAAUCAAGCGUGCUUAACAAUAUGGAAAUGUCAAGGCCAAGGGUUUAUCGCUUAAAAGUGAAAUAAAAAGUAAUAAUCAUUUCGAAUCAGCGGGAUGCGGUGUACUCGGACUCGUCGGUACGCUCGGGCUUGAUAAGCCCCCGGAGAACUGUGUGGAAAUAUGGGGGAAUAUGAAGCUUUGUUUGUUGUGAAAAAUUGUGUACCCAUUUGGGUGGUCCCUGCCAAUAACUGAGAGUUUUUUUUUGCUUGAUUAAGUGGAAUUCAAAAAUGUCAUUAAAACACUUGACGCCCAAUAAGGUGGAACUUUAAUUUAUGCCUUCACUGUUCUGGUUUUGAAGUGAUUUUGAACGCACAUCAAUUGCAGCAGUACGAGACGAGGGCGGGUGCAUGUGUGCUGCACAACAAUUUGGAUUUGGUGUCAAGAGGUUAGGAAACGCCGCAGCCCCGUGAGCACGUAGAGCGUGUCAGAAGUGACGUCCAAACCCACCAACAACAAAAGGAAGGGGGGGUGAAAAGCAGACGCAAGUGUGAGGAAACUCACUCAUCCCACACACACGCAAACACUUAGACUCCCCGCACCCACAUACACGCUCAAGAGGGAGAGAGAAAUCAAAGGAGUGCGAGAGCAAAACCGUUAUAGAGGGGCUGCCCAACGAGUAGAGAGUGAGAAGAGUCGUGCAGGAUGGGCGACUAUCACGAGUUUACGGAUCAAUAUAAGGUCCCGGUGAUAGCCAAACUGCUCCAUGCCCUGCCCCACUACAACAUCACAUUCCACAAGAUCAACAGCACGUUCCGGCCCAACGAUGAGAUCUACCUGGAGAGUUUGGGCAUCUUGGGAUCGGUGCCAGCGGCGCUGCUCAUCGUUUCGCUGCUAGGACUGCUCUUCUAUCUGAUGACAAGAUGCUGCGACCGUAAACCCCGACCGGCCCACUCGAUAACCAGCCUAAAGGUGGCCCUAUCGAUUGUGACUGUGAUGUGCUGUGCCGCCAUCGGCCUGGGCCUAUACGGCAACGAUGAUCUGCACAAUGGUUUGCUCGAGGUGCUCACAGCCGGACGGAAGGUGGACAAUCUGGUGACAACCAUCAGGAAUCAGACGCACAUACUGGAGAACACGCUAACGAAUCGCAUCAGGCCGCAGCUGGUGGAGCUGGCGGAUAUCUUCGAUCAACCGGUAUCCAAUCAGACGGCCCUAUCCAAGCUCUUUGUUUCGCUGAACAUUGUCCAGGGCAAUGUGACCCUAGCCACGAAUGCAGCUAGCGAUAUACGACGACCCCUCAUGGGUAUUUCCAUGACGCACUUUCUGACGCGCGGUGACCAAUGGGAAUUGAUACGCUGGCCGGGCACAGUGGCCACACUGGCGCUCCUCCUUGUCCUAUGUGCUGUGCUGUUGGUGGGCGUGGCCAGGCAUUCCCGCUGCGCCCUAAUAUUAUUUAGCGUUUGCGGUCUACUGGCCGUGACUGGCUCCUGGCUUAUGUCCGGCCUGUAUUUGUCCUCCUCGGUGGCUGUGGGCGAUCUGUGCAUCAGCCCAGCGGACUUCCUCGUCUCCACAGCCCCCCGUGACCUGCCCACAAACGUUCUGCUGCACUACACCCAAUGCGAGCCGGGGCACACGAAUCCGUUCACCCAACGUCUGAGGGAGUCACAAAAUUCGCUGAACAAUGCCCGCAGUGCCAUGGCCACCGUGAUGAAGAUCUCCCUGGUGCUGUUCAAGUCGUCCGGCCUGCAGCCAAAGCUGGGCGCUGUGAAUGCCGAUCUGAAUAGCAGCGAACGGCUGCUCACCCAGCUAACAGCUCUCGUUGACUGCAAGGCGGUGCAUCAUAACUUCUUGGCAGCCGCCCGUGGGCUCUGCGAGGGAGGAUUGCUGGGACUGGUGCUAAUGCUGAUCGCCAGCUUCAUUGCGGCCAUACUCCUGACGAUUAUGGUGUGGGUGGACUCGCAUACAUGGAUCUACAUACGCAAGCGGAAUGACUAUGCCCAGGUGGAUGAGCCGUCGUAUAUAUCGCAUCCGGCACCGCAGAAUCAUCAGCAGAUGAUGAAUGCUGCACGGACAUUGCCGCGCAAUCAUAAUGGGCACUUUAGUCCGCCGGUUAUCAGCGGCUCGCACACACUGCAACAUCCCAGCAAGCGGCAGCAGCACGAGAUGAUGGCCCAUGCACACAUCCAGCAGAAUAUGCGAGCCAUGGGUACCCAUACGCUGGGCAGACUUCCAUCGCACAAUCACAGCCCCACCCACAUGACUGGUCCCAAUAAUGCAGCAGCAGCCGCAGCAGCAGCAGCAGCCGCCGCUUCCGCACUCGCCGCCAAUAUGCCGCCAACGACACAGGCCCAGGUACAGGCCGCACAGGCGCAUGCCCAGCAGCAGGCACAGCACCAGCAACAGCAUCAGCAGCAGCAGCAGGCACAGCAACAGCAACAAAUGGGAGGACCCCAACCCAUUUACUGCCAUCAUCCACAUCAGCAUCCACACCCGCAUCCGCACCAGCAUCAGCAUCCGCAUUCACAUUCGGCUGCCGCCGUGGCCGCUGCGGUACAGCAUCAGCAUGCCAUUUACCAUCAGCAGCAGGCCCAGGCCCAGGCACAGGCACAGGCCCAGCAGUAUGGCACAUAUACGACAGCGGCAGCAGCAGCGGCGGCGGCGCAGGCCCAUCAUGCACCGCAUCAUCUGCCGCCGGGCCAGAGUCAGAUCUAUCAGCAGAUACCGGCACAUCUGGCACCACAGUUGGCCGCCAAUGGGAAUCCGCACUCGAUCUACCAGCCGCUGGUGGCCGUCAGCCAGGGUUCCAUUUAUGUAUCAAAUUUGGCCACAAUGCGUCGACAGAACAGCCAGGCUGGACCACAGAUACCAGCCCAUCAUCAUCCGGGUGUAGUGCCGCCACCCAACCCCCACCAACAGCAGCAGCAGCAGCAUGCCCAGCCCCCGCCACCAUCGCAGCAGCAGCAGCAGCUGCAUCAGCUCAAGUCGCCACAGCAGCACCAGCCACAUCCUCAGCAGCAUUCGCAGCAGCACCAGCAGCAGCAUUCGCAGCAUCAUCAGCAGCAACCCGAGUCGGAUGUAGUGCCCAUUAGCACUGCAAUGGACACGGCCAUCUACGAUCGGGACAAGCAGAUCUACAAAUGCUCCACGCUGCGACAGGGCGGCAAGUUUGAUCCCAAGUACAAGCCAUCGAUAUUGAAUUGUCCCUUGCCGGAGAUACCCAAGGAUGCGGAGCAGCCCAAGGUGGAGUCCAUCUAUCAGCAGAAGCAGCAGGCGCAUCAUCAGAACUAUUCCAAAACUCUGCAACGACCGCCGAUGAAGCUGCCGCCGCAGAUGAAAGCCAUACCACCGCCUCGCAUUGGCACGCCCACAUCGCCACCACCGCCCUUGGCACAGCCCACACAAAUGCUGAGCGAGAGCGGUGGAGUCGCUGGAGGCAUUGUGGGUCUGCAAAAUGGUGGCCCCAACAACAACAACAGCAGCGAGGACACAUCGUUGCCACCGCCACCGCUUGAGGCACAAACUGCACACCAUGUGGAGGCGACUCCGCCCAAGGCACGCAUGGGUCAGGCGGCCAACGGGAAGGCAGGCAAUGGCGGUCUGGUGGCCGCCCUGCACAAUGGCGGCGGAAGCGUGACAACAGCGGCUGGCGUGGGCAACAACACAGUGGAUGAUGAUGAUGAUCUGCCGCCACCGCCGCCAGCGAUAACCGAUGAGAGCAACUAUGCGGUGACCGAGCUGUAAGCAGAACGAAAAGGAGACAAGGCGAAGGACAAAGAAAUGGGAAUGGCAAUAGGCUUGGACUUGGGCUUGUGCCAUUGAAUUUUGAGGCGUCUUCCAGCGGAAAUUACUUCUAGACUUUUUUGUAUUAUAGACAGAGAGACAAAAAUGGCGCGAGGAAAUGGAGAUGGGAUGGUAUAGGGGUGGGUUAUGAUGGAGCGGCGACUGUUCCUGUUUCUUAAUUUGUUGCAUUUAUCGUAAAUCGUAAAUCGUAAUCCUACAAACCGGGAAUCCUCUUCUUUAUGCAUCCUAUGCAAAACUGCAAGCUAUUAGCCCACAAAUUCGACUUUUGUAUAUACUAUACACUAUAACUACAUCUACAUAGGAUAUACAUAUAAUUAUUACACACUAUAAACGACGCACACGGAUAGGCAGAUAGACAGACAGAACAGACGUACGGAAAAAACAGACAACAACUCGUGCAUAUUUAGAUAUUUGACUUAUAAACUUAACUUUAUACUAUAUACCUAUAUAUAUAUAGUACAUAUAUGUAUAUGUAAAAUAUAUCAACACGAUCUAUGAAUUCAUAUAUGUAUGUCUGUCUAUAAAGACAACACGGUUAUUCCUUUUUGAUAAUAGCAUACUUUUACCAAUCGCUAGAAAACACACACACAAAAAAAACCGAAAAAGAAAAAUGAUAUAGAAAAGCCAAGAGACAGACACAGACAGCAAUUAUGGGGACAAGUAUAAGGUAUUGUAAUAUACAAAAUAUUAAUCUAUAAAGACACGAGAAAAUUAAAUGGGAAUUCGGAUCGUAGUUAAUAAGUUCUAGGAAUCGAAAAUGUAGUUGAAAGUUAGUGAAAACCUUUUUUUUUUUUAAAUACUCGUAUGUACUUAUGGCACUUGUCGAGUGUUUGAUUUGGGCCAAUGGGCAUCUGUGUGUGUGUGUGUGUGUGGUGUGGGGGCAAAUCCAUCAAGAUUCCUAUAUUUCCUUAAAGCAUAGCAAAAAUCCUUCAAAUCUGUUGAUAUGCUGUAAUAAUGUUUUAAUUAUUUAUCAAUAAUCUCCUCAGCUUACUCGUUCCAUCAAAAUGCUUGCCCAAAAACGAGCGUGAACGAAUUUUUCCCGCUCGCUCUCACUCACUCGCUCAAUCUUCUUGUAAAAAAUAACGAGCUACGAAUUGAUUCGUACUGAUCGAAAGUCUUGAAGUGUCAUGGUGUAUAGCUAUGAAUUCAUGCCGGAUCGUUUUGCACCUACUUUAAACAGAAUUUUGCAUUUAAAACUGAUUCACUGAACUAUUUGUAGCAGCGAGUGAUGUGUGAUAUUCUUACCUCUAGUCAAACCAGCAUUGGAAGCACUUAGUCAAGAAAGUUUUUGAUUUAUAUUGAAUGAUUUUGUGCAACGAUUAAAACUACUAAAUGAUAUUCCUUGCCCCCACACUAUCCACCAACAAACUUCAGUUUUAAUGAUUGAUGGUGGGUGUAGGUGUUCGACUCUGUCCUGUGUCUUGGGUUGUGCGUCGCCCGGCUGAUCAAAAACGACUUGUGGAUGGAUCGCCUGGAGACUGGCUGGGGGUUGAACCGAACGGAUAGAUUCCCCCCCCUGCGAUUUUAUUGUGUAUCUAACCUAAGCUUAACAUGGAAUGCAUUUAUUAUACAUACAACUUAGCACAUAUAAAUAUACAACUAUACAAAACAACACACAAACAAAAAAACCAACAAAUAAAUACGAGUAAAUAUAUAAACAAAGUAUAGACGUUUGGUAGCUAAACAAAAGAGAUGGCAAAGGCGGGCAACACAAGUACGAGUCUAGCAUAGCGAAACAAAAACGAUAACCAGUUAGAAAUGAGAUUUAGAUUGGAACCGAAUAGCAAUAUAAAACUGAAAGUACUGCCCUUCCCCAACCAACCAACCAACCAACAAACAAACCAGCAAGAACUCUCUUUCCUCCCACAGAAAAAAGGCAAAAACUUAAAUAUAAAAUAUGAAAUAUAGCUAGUUACAUAUGUAUGACAAACAACCAGCAAACGAGGGGGAAGGAUUGAGUUGAGUUACGAGUUCCUGUUAGAGGAAUUCCCAAUACCAGACCAGAGGCCAACGAAGCGUCAACCGAGGCCAAUCAACUAAGGCAAAAAAAAAAAGAAGAAGCCCAAACACUGCCCAAAAAAGGAAAAAACAAAAAAACACACAGCGAAAGUUCUCAACAUUUACACAAACCGUUAGCUAUAUAGGUACUUAUAUUAUAUACAUACAUAUAAUAAUCACAAAAACAAAAAAAAACUCCACUGAAAAUUGAAAAUGGAAAUUGAUUAAAUUGUAAAAAAAAUAUAUGAACGAAAUUUAACCAGAAAGGAGGAACGUUUUUAAAAAGUAAAUAUGUAUAGAUCGUGUAAAGACAAACUAAUCAAGUUUUUUUAUUCGCUUAUUAUACAAAAUAUAAAACAAACAAAAAAUACAAACAUAUGUUAGACAGCAAACGAAAAGAAAAGAAAAGAAAAAGAAAAAUCCUCUUUGGUGGAGAUUUUGUACUCCAACGGGAGGGUUGGGUGAGGUGGAGUCUCAAUAACAAUGACAACAACAAAUCAAUUGAAAUCAUUAAAAGGUUAACCCAUAAUGAGACAGUACCAAAAGAGAAGCACAAAAGCAAAGAAAGAAAAAAACUCCCUUCUCACGGAGUCUCAAUUCAAAAAUACAAUUAAAAUAUAUACAUAUAUAAAUAUAAAUAAAUAUUAAACAAUUAGUUCGUAAAUAUAUUUCUGUGUUAAAUGUUGUCAUCGUACGCGUUGUAGUUAUUACAAAAAACAAAAACAAACAAAAGAUGAAGAAGAAAGCAAACAAAAAAAUACACAAAGAAAAUACGAAGUUAGCGACGUUUUUUUCGAAAAACACAACAUAAGAUCGAGAGUUGUACAACAUAUACAUACACACAUACAUAUAUACUUAUACAUAUAUACUCUAUAUGGUAUGUAUAUG